AUGUAUCCGGAUCGCCGACUGUACUUUGUGGUGCUGUACGUAUUCGCGAUUCAGCUCCGGUUGUCCAUAGGUGGUAAUCCACGGGAUAGCGCCCAAGUCAGUGCCCGGAACGCACCGAACAAUGGCACCAAUAGCGGUAGUGCGAGAAACAGUAGCACCAACACAGUUGCCUGUCGGGAGGAUGUGCUCGAUCAGUGUCCCCCGAAUGCAUCAUGUGAUAGGGGUCAGUGUGUUUGUCUUUUCGGCUAUAAGCUGAACCCCGCUUAUCUCGGGAAGAAUGCUACCAACAGCUUGUCACCUACGUCAGUUCCGAGUACCAAUGUUGCCUACACCACGUACUGUCUGCCGGAUGAUACUGGCGCAAAGGCAACUUCCUUGCACGGAGGACUCAGCAGUGAUAACAGCAAACCACCGGGAGAAGACGGUAUUACGAAAGGAGACGGUGGAAAUACGGGACAGCUUCCUUUGCGGGAACCGGUUGAAGUGCAUCACAUCCUGGGUGGUGUGCUGAUUCCGCUCGCCUUUGUGGUGAUACUGGUUGGCAGCGCAGUGCUAGCUAAACGUACGGAUCUCUGGUCUCGACUGCGGCAACGGUUUAUCGCGCACCGAAAUCGCCACCGACGGCGGCCGGCAUACGAAGACGUGGUGCUAGUAGGCUUUGAGCCACAGACGGGCAGGCUUUGAGAACGCCAAAGAGAACUUUACCAUGUGGAGGGGUGUGAGUUUAAAUAGAUGUGCUUGUUUGAUACCGCCCUUCGAACGCGAACUUCCUCCAACCUACGUUCCUUACCGAGCAGAGCGUUCCAUACGCC